CAACAUGCCAUGGCUCGCCAAAUUCACGUCUAAAGUUAUUAUUAUUAUCGCCUUCCCAUCUGUGCACACCCUGAGAUCUCGCUGCCCAUAGACUCCUCCAGCCUCCUGCACCACCUCUGAUCCUAUUCUUCGUCAGAAAUCGAAACUCUUCUCUGUUCAUGGAAUUCGUCGCAGAGUUUUUCUCCCUUCUUCUCAAGAACAUACGUUGAGAAUUUUACAGAAUGGCCGUCUCUACAGGCAUCGACCACGCUCCAUCCGAGGUAUACAGAGGAGGUGAGAAAUCGUCUGAAGGCGCAGAAAAGCCUACCUACGACUCGGAUGUUGAAGGUUCGCCCUCGGUGCAAAGCGUUAGCGUUCAUGAUCAUACGCACCGCAAGCUGAAACCCCGCCAUAUCCAAUUGAUUGGCAUAGGUGGGACAAUCGGAACUGCUCUCUAUGUUCAGAUUGGUCGUGGAUUGAUGAAUGGCGGCCCUGCCAGCCUAUUCCUCGCUUUCACCAUCUGGUGUGCCUUCAUUCUGGCCGUCACAAUAAGUAUGGCAGAAAUGGUCACAUAUCUGCCAAUCUCGUCGCCCUUCAUCCGUUUUGCGGGCCGCUUUGUCGACGAUGCCUUUGGGGUGGCUGCAGGAUGGAACUUCUUCAUCUUCGAAGCAGCCCUAGUGCCUUUCGAGAUUGUCGCGUGCAAUGUCAUUAUCCACUUCUGGAGCGAUAUUGUCCCAGCUGGCGGCAUCAUAGCCAUUGUCAUCGUGCUCUACGCCGCAAUCAAUCUUCUGGCCGUCAAGUGGUAUGGUGAAACAGAGUUCUGGGCUGCGCUCGGAAAAGUCCUACUCAUCAUCGGCCUCAUCAUCUUCACGUUCAUUUCCAUGUUGGGCGGUAACCCCCUGGGAGAUCGAUACGGUUUCCGCUACUGGAAGAACCCGGGUGCUUUUGCGGAGCUCUACUACACUGGUAAUCUUGGACGUUUUCUAGGCUUCUUGUCGUGUUUGAUUCAGGCCUCGUUCACCAUUGCCGGACCUGACUACGUUUCCAUGGCCGCUGGCGAGUGUGAGAACCCGCGAAAGGUUAUGCCACGGGCUUACAAUGCCGUCUUCUACCGCCUUACAACGUUCUUCAUACUGGGGAGUCUGUGUGUAGGCAUCAAUGUCCCGUACAACGACCCCGAGAUGACGGAUGCGUUCAAGAACGACAAACCCGGCGCCGCUGCCUCACCCUAUGUCUCCGCUAUGAACAGACUCCACAUCGGCGUUCUCCCCCACAUCGUCAACGCCAUGGUUCUCGGUGCGGCUUUCAGUGCGGGCAACUCCUAUGUCUACUGUGCCUCGCGCUCGCUCUAUGGUCUCGCUCUGGAAGGCAAAGCUCCCAAGUUUCUAACCCGCUGCACGAAACAAGGUGUACCUGUUUACUGCGUUGCCAUCGUCUUGCUCAUCGCGCUUCUGUCCUUCCUCCAACUCGGUUCGGGCUCCGCCGUCGUCCUGCAGUGGUUCGUCAACCUCGUUACCGCAAGCCAACUCAUUAACUUCAGCGUCAUAUGCUUCACCUUCAUCCGGUUCUACAAGGCAUGUAAAGCCCAAGGUAUCGACCGCAAUACGUUACCAUACAAGGGGAUUUUCCAGCCUUAUGCCGCGUAUUUCGGUCUGGCGGGUACUUUCGUCAUGACGUUUGUUGGUGGAUAUACCGUGUUUCUGAAGGGACAUUGGGAUACGCCGACAUUUUUAUUCUCGUAUAUGAUGAUUUUCAUCUUCCCAGUCCUUUACCUGGGCUGGAAGUUUGUAAAGAAGACCAAGCUCCGCGCCCCCCAUGAAGUUGAUCUCUAUCAGGAUCUGGAGGAGAUCGAAGAGUAUACGAGGAAUUACGUGCCGACGCCGGAUAGAAAUCGGUUUGAUAAGUGGUUCAAUUGGCUGUUCAGCUGAAAAGACGCGGCGUCAACUGCGAGGGGUGCGGUUGUAUACGCAAGAUGUUCGCUAUUAGCAAGUGGCGUGUGUCAAGAUAGAGUAUUGUGUAACUGAUCUACAUGCCUUGGAGAAAAAACAAAACAAAGUGCGAUUGGGUG